AUGGUAAGUGCAUCCAUUUAUACACGAAGACUGCACCGCCAACCCAUCAAAAGCUUCUGUCUCAGAUGUCACGAUAACACAAUAACUGCAUUUGAUGUUGUGAUGUGGUUAAUCGAUGCAGCAGAACGCGGAAUUGCAUACCUUGACGUUCAUUUACCCGACACACCUAAAUUCGCUAGUUGUGUUUUUAACUUUAGAAACCUUGUUGUCCUCAAGUUGAUAGGGAUACAUUUCAUUCUUUUUGUAUCUGCUCAUCUUCCUUUGCUUAGAACUUUACAUUUGAACAAAGUGAAUUUUUUCAAGCAUGAUGCUAUUAUAGAAAUUCUUAAUGCUUGUCCAAUUCUUGAAGAUUUGGUAGUAAAAAAUUGGUCUAUUCAAUAUUGGUCAGUUGAGUAUGAUGGAGAGUGUAAAAGUUUACCUAAUUUGGUCAGAGCAGAUAUUACUAACUUGUCUGCUUAUGAUGUUCAUUUGGAAGCCUUUUAUAAUGUCAAAUUUCUGCGGUUGAAAGAGAUGUUUGGAUGUGUGCCUGUUUUUUCCAAUUUAACACAUUUGGAGAUCGUCUAUGGAAGAGGUAUUGGCUGGAGUUUCAUAUUUCGAGUCUUGGAGAAUUGCCCUAUACUUCAAAGUUUUGUCCUUGAAAUUCCUUUAACACCAGAUAUUUAUCAUCUUUCCUUUUUAACACCAGAUAUUUAUCAUAUUUGCUUCCCAACCCCAAGAUAUUUGCCUGAAUGCCUUUCUUUACAGUUUAAAGAGUGUACUGUUACAAAUUAUAGACGACAUGAACAUGAGGUGCUAUUUGUACAACAUAUUUUACUGAUUUCAACAGCUUUGGAGACCAUGAGAGUUUACGGUUCACCUUUAUUGAAUUCUGAGGAAAAGCUUGAAGCGGUAGAAGAAUUAAUGGCAUUUCCAAGAAGCUCUUCAACAUGCGAAGUUUAUUUUGAAUGA